UCUUUUUUUCCGAGUAUAAUAGAAAUAUGGCGGCUUCAAUGUGACAGUGCGGUGGAAAAAGAUGCUCGUUAAAAAACAAAGAAAAAAAAACAAUGAAGUUUUGUGAUACAAUGGAUCUAAUGGAUUGAUACUGGAGAUUUUCAUCAUGCCUGUCGACAUUAAUCGUCUGACUGAGGGCUGGCUUGAGCUUGAGAGUGAUCCAGGCCUUUUCACUCUCCUCCUGGAGGACUUUGGAGUUAAGGGAGUUCAAGUAGAGGAAAUAUACGACCUUCAAAAAUCCCUCGAAGGUCCGGUCUAUGGCUUCAUAUUUCUUUUUCGAUGGAUCGAGGAAAGAAGAUCGAGGAGAAAAGUUGUGGAGCAGGAUGAAAGCUUUGUGAAAGAUGAGGAUAUUGUGAACAAUAUUUUCUUUGCGCAACAGGUGGUCCCAAACAGUUGUGCGACUCAUGCAUUGCUCUCGGUUCUACUGAACUGUCCGAAUAUCCACUUGGGCACGACGCUGUCGCGUUUGAAGGUGCACACAUCAGGAAUGUGUCCGGAAAACAAAGGAUGGGCAAUUGGGAAUACACCGGAGUUGGCCUGCGCCCAUAAUUCACACGCGAUGCCCCAGGCCAAACGGAGACAGGACAAAAACACUGGAGUUUCAACAGGACGCUUCACCGGUGAAGCUUUUCAUUUCGUCAGCUACGUGCCUAUAAACGGCAGGCUGUUUGAGCUCGAUGGUUUAAAACCUUAUCCGAUGGAUCAUGGACCGUGGAAAGAGCACGAGGAAUGGACCGAGCAAUUCCGUCGCGUAAUAACGGAUCGUCUCGGAAUGGCGACCGGCGAACAACUUCAAGACAUAAGAUUCAAUCUCAUGGCCGUCGUUCCCGAUCGCCGUUUAGCCAUUUCGCACAAACUCACGAUGCUUAAAACGAAUCGACAAAUUGUACUCGAAGCUUUGCAGCAACUCGUCAAACUGAGCCACCAGGAAGCUGCGAUCGAUAAGAACCACGAAAAUUACGAUAAAAACGAUAAAAUCAACGAACGUCGCGUCAAAAACGAAGACGACCAUUCUGUUAACUGCAAACAUGACAUUGACGUCUCCAUCAACGUCUCAGCCACUGUCGACCGAACCGAACACUCCGAGAACGAGGAUUCUAACGUCAAUAUCGGAAAAUCUGAAACGAGCAAUAUGGAAAAAGUCGUUAUGUGCGCUUUGGAUUACGCGACGCCUUUGAGAAUUCAGACGUCACCGGCUCACAGUUCAUCGAGCACAGACACUUCUUCGGAGAUCGGAUCAGCUUUCAAUUCUCCGACGCAAGCUUGGGGAUGGAAUUCCGGUCAAAGCAGUCCCACGUCGACGAAGGACUUUAAAAAAUUCGUCGUAAUCCGGGUCGCCGGGGAUGAAAAACACGAAGCUGGCCUCACGCGUUCAUUGGGAAAUAUAAAUAUCAAUGGAAAAAGGCUCGUAUCCGAGAGCGGUCAUUUACACAAAAAAGUGUGUUUGUCCGGUGAAGUUCGGAUUCCCCACGCACGAGUCAAAACGAGCAACGGUGACACUGUAACCGAAGAGAAGAAGGUGGAGAAAAUCGAUCCGAAAUUGUGCUCGAAAUAUCCGGAGCUAUUCGAGCCUCAUACUUUUGCCCCGAAGGAUCUUCUCGCCCUUUUGAAAAAUCUCGAACACGAGAUAAGCAUGUGCGAGACCAGUCUCAAAGACGAAAACGACAAGAGAAACAAAUACAAAAUCGAUGAUUGCAGAAGAACUCACAACUACGACGAGUUUAUAUGCACGUUUUUGUCGAUGUUGGCACAGCAGGGAAAAUUGGCCGAGUUGGUGCAGCAGCAUUUGACCCUAAAAAAGCACACGACUUCGGUUACGGUGAACCGAGUUCAUAGGUCUUCAAAAAAAACUGAUGCCCGACCUAACGCCUCACGCCGUCGUCGCGGUCGUACCAAAUGCAAGAAACGCAAAUGAACUUAAUACUUUCGAUGGAAAACAUGAAAAUGGAAUGACCAUUCAUAUUCGUCCAUGGAGGAUCAUGGUCUUUUCGCACCACAUAAAUAUAUAUACACAAACGUAUAUUGUCCGACAAUCUUGCGCAGGUCGUGAACGUUGUCAUGAUCUCGACGAAGAGAAAAGAUCGAAAGAAAUUCUUUUUUUUAAGGAUUUGUUUAUUCCUUUGCGUUCAACACUUUUUGUCGUUUCGUCAGAUGUUAAACAUGCUGAUUGUUUAAUACUACGAAUCAUUGUUUCAAAAUUCGAUAUUUUAUAAGACCACUAAGAAUUUAUUGCAAUGCGCGUAAUUCUUCAUCGUGUGUGCUGAAAUCCCGGCAUGGGCAUUGUUUGUUCACGUCUUUUUUCUUUCCAAACAAACCAGUGAAUUUUACCCUUUCGAUGAUUCAUUUACGAAAUACUGUGAGUCUCUAAUUUUUCUAUAAUGUUAUUUGUAUCGAUGAACGAGUGAAAGAGAGAGGAAUGAAAAAAAAUCAAACACGUUGAUCGAUAUACAGCAAUAAAACAUUGUUUCGAUAAUGUUAAAAUGAAAA